GACAAAGGUCGUGAAAAACAACGACACUCAGUGGUGUUUCACGAACGCCUUUACGUGCAAGUGGACACCGGGCAACUAAACCCCUUCCUCACUCCCUUGCUGGAGUGGUAGAACAGCGCCGAGGCUGGAGACUUCUUUUAUUCCGCUUUCACGGUAGUCUGUCCGGUUAGGGAGAUAGUCAUGACGGGUGCGCGUGCUCUGAAGGAUGGCCCACUUUAUGGAGCCGAUUCGCGAUGGAGCUGGAUCACUGCAUUUUCCUGUUGUUGGGUACUCUUCCUCGCUUUAGCAACACCCCGCGUCUCAGGAAUCUUCUUCUACGGCAUCGUCGAGACUUUCAUGGUCAGCAGAGAAGACGCUUCGUGGGCGGUGUCGCUGGCGGGCGCGCUGAUGGCAUUAGCAGGCCCCAUAGCCGGUGACCUGUGCGAGCGUUUUUCGUGUCGGGCGGUCCUGCUAACGUGCUCUUCACUGGCAGGAAUUGGGGCCGGCUUGUGUUACCUGGCUGAAGAUCUUCUCUUCAUCGCUAUUUCUUUCGGUGUUGUUCACGGAUGUGCUCUAUGCGGCUUGUACGUCGCCGCGAAUGUCCUGUUGGCCCAGCAUUUUGAGAAGAGAAGGGCUACAGCGUGCAGCCUAGUGUACACGGCGUGUGGACUCAACACUAUCGUCAUUCCCCCUCUCGUCGAGUUCUUUCGAACAACAUACGGUGUCCGGGGAGCGUUUCUCCUUUACGGUGCAGUUAUGCUACAUGCGAUUCCGUCUGUCAUCAUCCUCAGGAGCCCUGUUUGGCUUACGAAGCCAAAAAGGGAGCCACAAAAGGGAAAAUACGAAGCCGUAAAUGACCAAACAAAUGCCAUGUGCGUGUUGAUUCAUCAAACUGACGAAGACGCCAAUACAGCAAAACUUCAUCAGGACAAUUCUGGCCUACAGGAUCAGUGUUCAAGCUGUGUUCAUUCGGCAACGGCAUCUUUCAAAUCUCAGCAGAAAGAGUCAACUGCUUUUCAGUUGCAAAGCAAAAAGUCGGCGAAGGAGCUUGAAAGGAAGAAGUUUUUAGGACGUUUAGAGUGUGGCUCUACGGCGAGGCAGUUCCUAUCAUUCACAUUUCUAAUUCACGGACUCUCUUUUGCAACUGUUAUCUUUACAACAAACAUAUUUUGCAUAAUACCAGCCGACCUAGCCAGAGACAAGGGCAUGGAUCCCUCGAACUCAGUGUAUGUCCUGCAGGCUUUUUCCGUUACCGACGUUGCGUUCAGAGCCGUGGUUGGACUAGCCAUCGAUUCACGGACGUUGUCGCUGGAAUCGGUGAUGCUGCUGGGCUUUGCAUUGCAAGGACUGGCCUUUGAGUGGCUUGUGUGGGCUGGCACACUGUCACCAUUGAUCGCCGCCGCUGCUUUAUUGGGCUCCGCAGGCGGGUCGAGGAUGUGUUUGCAGGCACCCGCCAUGGUCAGGGACUUCGGCAUCAGCACUCUGCCAAUGAUGAUGGGUGGGCUGUCAUUCUGCGCUGGUGCAUCUCUUCUCAUCCGGCCUCUUCUGAUCGGAUACUUCCGAGAUACCCAUGGGGACUACACUGGACUGCUGCAUCUAAUGGCGGCCGUCAACGCUUUCUUCGUUUGCAUUUGGAGCGUGAAGCUUUUUACUAGGAGGAGGACAAUCUCAAGGCUACGAUCGAAAUCUGCAGCUAUCAGGAAAAGGUGCAUGACAGAUCUGCCUGCGAGUUUGACUGAGAACAGCUGCAGGGGAGAAUAUUAA